AUGGAAGUCGAGGUCCCCCCUCCUACUGCGAUGGAUCUGGUAGCCGAGUUCAUCAAAAAAAGAUACGAUGACAUUGUGAAUAAAUAUGUUCAGGAUGGCGGGUGGGAGCCUUGGUUUCAAAGCGAGUUUCUGGAUUUCAUAAAAAUCACGGCGGGCGAGAAUCAGAGAUACAGCGGGCGUGAGGAACUCAUCUGGGAUAAGCCUCACGAUAAAGAUAAAGUGGACAUCUUGACCUUUUACAUGAUCGGCAAAGAAAAUUUUGUUGAGGCUAUCGAGUUUAAAUGCGCUUCGACCAGACAAGACUACCAUGAGACGGACCUUGGCCGACGCAUGAAAGCGGAUAUUAAAAAGUUACGGGAUGGGAUGCCAUUCGUGAAGAAAUUUGUUCUGGCUGACCAGAAAAUGUUCUACGCUGUUUCGAUUGGUAUUGCUCUUGAUCCGGUUUCAGCCACAUAUACAGAGAAUGCUUUGACGGAACUCCUAGGCAAUAAAUGGUCAAGCUUCUCUUGGAUCCCAGAGGAUAGCAGUAAGAGAACUAUCACUGCGUUUACAUAUUGGGGUCAUGCGGAUAGGUAA